GGUUCAAGGGCAGGGAAAGUUACCAGAUUAAUUCCGGCAGUUCAUUAGAGGCAGAGGACCAGGAAGGGGGCUCUAUGGCAAAGAAGGGCUGUGUGCAUACAUGUGAGUGCCCAAGGGACAGAGGUGACCCAGCAGAGGGCCUGCCGAGAGGCUACUUGACUCUCAGAGAUAGGACUUCAGGCCUGAAUGGCUAAGGUCUCAUUAGAAUGGGGCCCUAGUAUCUCCAUGUCCUAUUCAUAGGGUUCUUGCUGCGGUUACCCAGUCAAGGUCUCAGGAGCAGCAGGAGGUCCACACGGCUACUGGGUGUAAUUGCCCUAGACCGUGCGGUGGCCUCGGCUGUGGCAGCGGGAACCCGGGGGACCCAUUGUGCCACGGCCGCGACCACGCCCGAGAGGGGGCUGAGGCUUUCUCUUUCGCUCUGGGAUCCGCUGCACUCAGCCCUCCCAGGGAUUCAGCGCCUCAGGGCUUGAAAAGGACCGGCUCCCCUUCCAGUAGCCCGCUUUUCGUCCCACGCAGCGCAGCGUGAAGAUCGGGCAGACUGGGGGAGACUCAGCUCGCGGGUGCUGCAGCCUGGCGUGCUGGCCACAGGUCGUUGAGCCUUCCCAUUCCCCCCGCCCCGACUUCUCCGCGUACACUGUCACACGCGCGAAAGCGGCCAAGUCUGCCAGCCCAAGCGGCACCUGGCUCUCCGCUUCCUCGCGGGGUUCUCCUUAGCCCCCGAAGGGCAGCACCUGGUGGCGGCCAGCUCCUGCCGGCCUGUCCUGCUUUGCCUCGGCCGCUGCGUCCGCCCGGCACCGCCUCCUCUCUCCAAACGGUGGCGGCCCGCCCUCAGCGCCUGGACGCGCAACGGGGUGUGCGGGUGGCCGACGCCGCGGAGACCGCGUGGGGAGGCGGACGCCGCGCCCAGCCUGGUGCCCACAGCAGCGCGUCGCGGCCGAGCGCAGCAGCACACAGCCUCAGAGCUCUGAAGGCACCGACGGGAAGGAAACACAUCCCACGUCACCUCAGGGAAGGGGCCUUUCCUGGCCAUGUCUUCAACAGCAACUGCUGAGCCAGAAGGGGACCAGCAGGACAGGCAUGUCAGCAAGCUCAUUUUCUUCCUCUUUGUCUUGGGCGCUGUCCUGCUAUGUGUGGGAGUCUUGCUUUCCAUCUUUGGGUACCAGGCCUGCCAAAAUGAAUCCCUCCCAGACUGCAGCAUGGUACUGAAGAUCGCCGGGCCUUCAUGUGCUGUGAUUGGGCUUGGGGCUGUGAUCCUGGCCCGCUCCAGGGCACGACUUCAGUUCCUGCAAGGGCGGAGACGAGGCGACCAGGCAGACCCAAACCAAGCCUUCAUCUGUGGAGAGAGCCGCCAGUUUGCCCAGUGCCUUAUCUUUGGGUUUCUGUUCUUGACAAGUGGCAUGCUCAUCAGCAUACUGGGCAUUUGGGUCCCUGGAUGUAGCUCAGACUGGGUGUCGGAAUCACUGAACCACACAGAAACUGCCAGCAUGGAGCCUCCAAUCUGUGGGUUCCUUUCUCUGCAGAUCAUGGGGCCUUUGAUUGUGCUUGUGGGAUUGUGUUUUUUUGUGGUUGCCCACAUCAAGAAGAGAAACAACUUGAGUGUGAGCCAGGAUGCCUCUGAAAGCGAAGAGGGACACUCCCACAAUAUGGAGUCUGUCCAGGUCACUGUAGGUGACUCUGUGAUAAUAUUCCCACCCCCUCCGCCACCUUACUUUCCUGAGUCUUCAGCUUCUGCAGGAACUCGAAGUCCUGGGGCAAACAGCUUGCUUCCAACCGAAAGCCCGCCUUCUUAUUACAGCCUUUUUAAUGAUGGCAGAACCCCAGCUCCUGAGAGCCAGGGCCCGGCCCCCGAGAGACCACGAGAGUUCGUGUACACCAUCUCUGGGCCGCCUGCCCGCUCCGACUUCUCCCACACUCCUCAUCCUUCAUCGGAACCGCCUCCUAGAUAUGAAGAAAAAGAACACGCCCCAAACGCAUCCUUGUCUCCAUCUUCAGAGUCUUCCCCACCGUGAACUCAGUGCGGUUUUAUAUAUAAUGAAUCAUUAUUUUAUUUAAUUUGUUUUUUUUAAAUAAAAAAACAAAAAAAGACAAUA